AUGGUAAACAAUAAUGUAAUUAAUUUAGGUACUAUGUCUCUUUACAGUGGAGAUGUUAUCACUGUUAGAUCGGAAGAUGGAACAUAUCUAAAAAGAUUUAGCAGUUUAAAUGAUCAGGAUGCAAUAGAAAGUUAUUUAGACAAUCCAGAUGAUUUCAGUAAUUUUGUGGUAGAGGUUAUUGGAGAAAAUAAGAUGCGGCUCAAAGCCGAAAAUGGAUAUUAUCUUAAAAGAUAUGAUGUUAAGAACAAGGAUGGAAAUAAAAUAACUCUUCAAGCUGUAGAUAAUGGGCAAUAUUUCAAAAGAUAUGAUGGAGAUGAAGGUAGAUCUGUAAUAACUGCCUAUCAAAAUUUCGAAGAUCCUUACAGUGUUUUUUUAGUAAAUAGAGGUGGGACUAAAUGCAAAGAGAUAGUUAAAGAAAUAAAGUUUGAUGAAAUUAUUCAGAAUAUGAUAAAAAUCAAUCCAAGUAUAAUUAAUGUACAAACGUUGGACAACAGAGAAGGUAUAGAGACAAAAUUCACACAAGGAAUACCAUUGGUUUUAGGAAAUGAAACUACUGUUAAGGCUGAAACAGGUUUCAGUGUAGGUGCAACGUUUAUAGUUAACAUAGGAAAAUUAGAUGUUCCUUAUACUGCUACAAUUGAUAGAAUUCUUGUCGAUAAUGUUGGCACUGAAACUAAAUACACUUAUGAAGUAAAGGGAAUCUAUAAAGGCACUAACACAGUUAAUUCUCGUACUAAACAAGAAACUACUACACGGGAAACGGAACAAAUUGCUCAAAUUCAAGUUCCUCCGAAGGGAAACAAUUAA